AAACAACACAAAUCAAACUCGUAUCUACAAAAAUUCUUCAAAUUCCCACUGUCAACAAAUACGAAUCGGGUUUUGAUCUAAAACUAAGUAUAAUGGAUUUCUCCGGCGUGUUUCUCAUUCUCUUCACGGUGGCUCUGUUUCUCUGUUUACUCCGGUUUGCCGCCGGAUUCCGCCGUAGCUCCUCCUCGAAACUCCCUCUUCCUCCGGGAACAAUGGGCUAUCCUUACAUCGGCGAAACAUUCCAGCUUUACUCACAAGACCCAAAUGUGUUCUUCGCCUCAAAACAGAGAAGAUACGGAUCGGUGUUCAAGACUCAUGUAUUGGGAUGUCCAUGUGUGAUGAUCUCGAGCCCUGAAGCAGCGAAAUUCGUAUUGGUUACGAAAUCUCAUUUGUUUAAACCGACUUUUCCGGCGAGUAAAGAGAGGAUGCUCGGAAAACAAGCCAUCUUCUUUCACCAAGGAGAUUACCAUUCCAAACUCAGGAAGCUUGUUUUAAGAGCUUUCAUGCCUGAUUCAAUCAGAAACAUGGUCCCAAACAUUGAAUCAAUCGCUCAAGAAUCACUCAAUUCCUGGGAUGGAACUCAACUCAACACUUACCAAGAAAUGAAAACAUAUACUUUCAAUGUGGCGUUGAUCUCAAUACUCGGAAAAGACGAAGUAUUCUACCGAGAAGAUCUAAAACGAUGCUACUACAUUCUUGAGAAAGGUUACAAUUCGAUGCCGAUUAAUCUCCCGGGAACACUAUUCCACAAAGCCAUGAAAGCUCGUAAGGAGCUAGCUCAAAUCCUCGCUAAAAUCUUAUCCAAAAGAAGACAGAACUCCGGUUCCUACAAAGAUCUCCUCGGAUCAUUCAUGGAAGACAAAGAAGGACUAAGCGACGAGCAAAUCGCCGACAACAUAAUCGGAGUAAUCUUCGCGGCAAGAGACACAACGGCGAGUGUGCUGACGUGGAUCCUCAAGUACUUAGCGGAUAAUCCAACUGUUCUAGAAGCUGUCACUGAAGAGCAAAUGGCUAUAAGGAAAACGAAAAAAGAAGGAGAAAGUCUAACUUGGGAAGAUACAAAGAAGAUGACAUUAACUUCUAGAGUCGUCCAAGAGACAAUGAGAGUUGCUACAAUCUUAUCUUUCACAUUUAGAGAAGCUGUAGAAGAUGUUGAAUACGAAGGAUAUUUGAUACCAAAGGGAUGGAAAGUAUUGCCACUAUUCAGAAAUAUUCAUCACAAUGCUGAUUUCUUUUCUGAUCCCGGAAAAUUUGAUCCCUCGAGAUUCGAAGUUGCGCAGAAACCAAAUACGUUCAUGCCAUUUGGAAGUGGGAUCCAUUCUUGUCCCGGCAAUGAGUUAGCUAAACUGGAAAUCUCCAUCCUAAUCCAUCAUCUCACCACUAAGUACAGGUGGUCAAUAGUGGGACCUAGCGAUGGAAUUCAGUAUGGGCCGUUCGCUCUUCCACAGAAUGGGUUACCUAUUGCCUUGCAACGAAAACCAGAGGUUGACGUUUGACACUUACGAGAGUACCCCUUAGCUUUCUAAAAUUAGAAAGUUUAAGAAAUUCUUUCCAUCUUAAAGAGAAAAGUGAUUCUCUUUCAUUUCUUUGGCGAAGAGACAAAAAUAUAGAAAUGAAACGGAAAAUAGAACAAGAAAAAAAAACCCAAAUGGGACCCCCCAAGUGUACAUAAAUUUCUCCUAUUUUUUUAGUCUAGGUUUUAGUAACUAAAUGUAGAGAAUUAAAUUUUGCGAGAAAAUGGAAAAUAGUUUAAUGUGUAUACGAUAGGCGAAGGAAAGACCCCCAUUUAUUUCAUAGCGCCUGGGCAAGAUGUAAGCUGGUUCGUCAGUUAUAAUUGAGAAUUUCCCACUCUUUUGUUUCUCGUUUUGGUUUUUGUUAUUUCUCUGAAAUUGUAAAUUCUUUUGUUAUCAAUGGGUGAAUAUAAUUCAU